GCAGCAACCAUCACCGAGACGACAUCACGUCUCGUUGGCAAGGGAGCUUCAGGUUUUGGUGCUUCGUAUUCCUUGAGCCAGCCCAACAUAUUCACUGCCUUCGUCAUGGGCUUGCCUUCCGACUGACCGGCCCGACCCGCGUACAGUGGCGUGGUGAAUCCUGCCUGUGCCUCGAGUCCUCCACUGCAGCCCUACCAGGACCUGCGGACUGGUCCCCCUUCGACACACACGAAAGACACAAGAUAGCCGUGCGUUUAGGCGGUAGAGCGUCCAUACGCCCUAGUGCACAAAUAUACGCAGCCCACUAGCGGAACAGCUCCUUCCAAUGUUGCAUCAUGGAUUCCCCAACCGAAGAGCAUGCCUACACAGGCGACCCACCAAAGCCUCGACAACUGCCCUCAGAUCUUCCUACCUCGCUGGAUGAUAGGAGAGCGGUACCCAUUAUGGGAGAAGAAACAGAGAUUUAUGAUGCGUGGCAAGGACAAUCGCAAUUCCUCACGACUCCGAUGCCUGCGAGACCGCUAAGCUUCAACCUAUCCCUGGAUGACCCUACCUUUGGCGGCGAUGAGGACAUCCAGCAGUUGGAGGACAGCGACAGUCGGUUGGUUCAGAUGCUCGCACACCAGGCGCGGCUGAAAAAUGACAAUUCCGGCAACGGUGAUGAGGCAAAAGUAGUGGCCGACGAAAAGCUGUCUGACGAUGAGAAACGCGAGGCCCUCCAGGGUUUGUUGACUCUUGCAGCGUCAAACGGAGAGAACGACCGUGUUCAGCGGCUCCUCAAUGGGAAGGCUAGAGAAUACAUUGACAUCGACGCCGUUGAUGCCGAGGGGACGCCUCCGCUAGUCUACGCAAGUUGCUUUGGGCACGAAGAUGUUGUGGCAACGUUGAUUCAGGCCAGAGCCGACGUCGACAAACAGGAUAAGAACCGUUGGAGUUCACUGAUGUGGGCUAUGACCAACCGACACAAAGAAAUUGUAAAACUCCUUCUGGAGCACGGAGCUUCCCCUGAAGUCAAAUCUUCGACCGGAAGGACCGCGUUUGACUUUGUAGAGCCGAACAGCGAAAUUUCUGAUUAUCUUCAUGAAAGUGGCUACACCAUCGGCAACGCAGGUGUAGCAGAUGACUUCUACAAUUCUGGCUUCUCGCAGGACCGUUUCGAGGAAGAGAUGGCCGAAAACGAGAUGAAACGUCGAAUGAUGAUGGAGAGUGCCAUCAAUCUCGAAGUUGACUUGGGCAACCUGGGCCUCGACGAGCAGCCAGAGUCGCCUGAGGAACAGGAAGAAGCGCAAGAGUUUGUCUGGGAUCGGUGUCUCAACGACCAGAUGUUUGUGUUCCAGGAGAGCGAAUUAGAACGCAUUCUUAACAUCAUCAUCACCAAUAUGACGCCUCAGCGAUCGCCGUCACAGAAACCCGUACCCGCUAAUAUUUUAUUCCUCAGCGCUCGCUACGCCUUCUACCACUCCAGUCCGGAGCUUUUAGAGACACUUCUCAUCUCUGCCAUGGACAAGAUCAACGAUGUCGUGGAAAAGCACCAAUGGGACAUGACGAUCCUAGCCUUUUGGAUGUCCAAUGCUACCCUUCUACUACACUACCUCAAGAAAGAUGCUGGUCUUGUACAAGCGACUACUGAAUUUCAGCUACAGUUAGUGGAACUCAUCAAUGAGAUUUUCAUAUUGAUCAUCCGCGACGCAGAGCGCAGGAUGGAUAAAUGUCUGGACCAGGCCAUGCUCGACCAUGAGACCAUCCCUGGUUUUGAGGACGUUCACUUCCAGCACGAAUGGAAAAUAUUUCGAACAAAAACUAAGGUCAAGCCACCCGAGCCUCUUGAGAAGCGAUUCCGUCCCCCCUCCCCUAAGCGGAGAAUGCAGCCUUCACCUCGAAAUAUUACGUCGCUCCUCUCAUCGACACUCUUUGUCCUUGAUCUGUACGACAUCCACUCUGUUAUCACUGCACAAAUUCUCUCACAAUUAACCUAUUGGCUCUCGGCGGAGCUCUUCAACCGCAUCAUGUCUAAUCGGAAAUACCUUGCACGCACAAAAGCAAUGCAAAUCCGAAUGAACGUUUCCACACUGGAAGACUGGGCGCGAUCGAACAAUCGUCAACCAGAGCAUUUCGAGAACGGUUCCAUGACAUCGACAGGCGAUAACACGGUGGAGUUAGCAAAGCGCCAUCUCGAGCCCCUCGUCCAACUGUUACAAUGGCUGCAAUGCUUCUCUUCACUGGGCGAGGACAUAGAGUCUCUGAUUGGGACGUUGCAGCAGCUACCUCGGCUGACACCCCAACAGUUGCUUCACGCAGCAAAAUACUACAGGGCUGAAGUUGGCGAAAAGGGACUGUCGAAGGGUGCCUCAAAAUAUAUAACCAAUCUACAAAAGGCUGCCGCAGAGCGGAAGGCUGCGAGGAGAGGCCGGGAGUCAUUAGGCGCGUCUCCCAACCCUCAGCAAAAGGCUCCCGAGUCAACACCGUCAACGCCAGUCAAACCAACUUCUCAGCCAAUUAACUCGCCCUCUCCUGCUCCGUCAAGAAAUUCGGAGGACGAGAGAGACGACGCUCCAGACGAUCUUUUACUCGAUCCUUCGUACAUGUUACCCUUCUCUCUUCCCACCUCCACAGAUAUGCUUAUAAGCUAUGGUGCUGGAUUUGGCGGCAUGAAUAAAGAGCGAGAAAGGAAGUACCUUCCCACUGUGCCACCAGAGUUUCUCUCCAAGCUAGAUCUCAGCGGAAACAAGAAUGGUGGAGGCCUAUAUAAUGAUACUCGGUGGGAAGAGCAAAAUUAUAGUUGAAGAUAGAGAUUUGCUCCAGCGGCAUUUUCAACAAAAUGGCAAACAAGCCGCAGCAUCGUGCGAGGCACUCAGCGGCAAUAAGAGGACAGGCAGUCCAGCUCGCAGUAGGGAUGAUUAUGAGCUUGGAUGAAUUGGAUUCAGCGUGGCACAUAGCAUCCGUUAAGGCGCAUGGGAAUUCAGCGGUCAGAGGGAAAUCUUUCUAUAUAUCUCUACCUAAGAUAGUUGCAUAGGAAUGCAACGGAAUUGGAUCCUUCAUGUACGUUCGAGAAGACCUGCAACCAGAGUCUAUUUUCGCGAUUCCUCUCUUAGAUUUCAUGCUUGAUAUCCGACCAGGACGUGUAUUUUACCUUUCGUUUUGUC